AGAUGAUUUCCAUUUUCUGUUUCCUCUUUUUUCACUCACGCUUGAGCAAGUCGUGUAUAAAAUGAGAUAAGUUUGAGUUUAGGUCGUCCUCUAUUAUUUUAGUCAUCUGAACUAGCAUUCUGGUGGUUUAGACAGACAUUUUAUGAGCAUCUCAGAACUGUCUCCAUCAUGGAGGCGACAGGGAAAUAUGACUUCACAGCCACAGCAGAAGAUGAGUUGAGCUUCCGGAAGGGAGAUGUUGUCAAGAUUUUAGGCACCAAUGACGACUGGUUUAAGGCAGAAAUAAACGGAAUGGAAGGAUUCGUGCCACGGAAUUACAUCAACAUCCACUUCCCCAGCUGGUAUCAGGAGAACACGAGCCGUCACUCUGCUCAGGAUCAACUCAUGCGUCAGCCAAUCGGAUCAUUCCUCAUCCGCGGCUCCCAGAGUUCACCUGGAGAAUUCUCCAUUUCAGUCAGACAUGAGAUUGAUGUGCAGCACUUUAAAGUGAUGCGAGAUAAGCAUGGUCAGUAUUUCCUGUGGAGUGAGAAGUUCAGCUCCCUCAACAAACUGCUGGAAUUCUACACACACAAUUCUAUUUCCAAACAGAGUCGAGUGUUUCUGCUCACUGAACAACGGAAUACAUCAGAUUCGUGGCACCGGGCACCUCUGAAACCGCCAGUUGUCUCUCAGGAGAGACACAAUAAUUACAGGACACCAGCACCUCUCUUAGCUCGUCCACCUGACCUCUUACCACCCCCACAGCCGUCUGCACUGCAGGUUCGAGCUGUGUACGACUUCACUGCAGAAGACGCAGACGAGUUAAACUUUCACGCUGGAGAUGUCAUUGAGGUUUUAGAUCAGUCAGACCAGUUCUGGUGGAGAGGAGUUCUGCGUGGGAGAACCGGACUAUUCCCCGUCAACUACACCAACCCUGUUUAAUAUCACACAUUCAGGAGAUGUUUCUGCUUUCUACGUGUUCAGAUUUGUUUGUUCUAUCAGAUUUUGUAAUGGAGUCUUGUCCAUAUAUUUCACUAGUACUAAUACAGUUAUAUAGUCCUGCAGUCCUCAAAACACUCACACUUCUGAAAUGUCAUGUAUCAUAUUUUCAGUUUUAGAGUUGUUGAGUUUGCAGCUGUGAGACAAAACAAGUUUCCUUCGGAAUUAUCCGGAUUUCUGCAUAAAAUGUUUUUUAAAAGAGAAGUGAUCUUCAUCCAAGUAAUGCUAAUAAAUAAAGACAGUUAUAUUUAAUAAAUGUGUGUUUUACAGUUGA